GCUGCCGUAGUACUCGGGCGUCGGUAGAAAAUACGAAACCAAUGAUUCCCAUAUGUCCUGUAGUCUCCUUCACCUAUGUGCCCAGCCGGCUUGGUGAAGAUGCCAAAAUGGCUACGGGCAAUUACUUUGGAUUUACCCACGGCGCUGCCGCCCAGUACAGUCAGCAGCCAGCUGCCGGGGUAGCGUACACACAUCCCACCACAGUGGCCAGUUACACAGUUCAUCAAGCUCCUGUGGCGGCACACACCGUGGCAGCAGCCUACGCUCCCACUGCAGCCACUGUAGCUGUAGCUAGGCCGGCGCCUGUUGCUGUGGCGGCUGCUACUGCUGCAGCUUAUGGAGGGUACCAGCCAACCCACGCUGCCACUGAGUACGGCUACCCUCAACGUCAGCCUGAAGUCCCUCCACCACCACCGCCGGUCACGUCACAGAACUACCAGGACUCCUACUCCUAUGUCCGGUCCACAGCUCCCGCUGUUGCCUAUGACAGUAAGCAGUAUUACCAACAGCCCACUGCUACAGCCGCUGUCGCUGCCGCACAGCCACAACCCAGCGUGGCAGACUCCUACUACCAGACAGCCCCCAAACCAGGAUAUAGCCAGGGGGUAACAUCAUACACUCAGAGCCAGCAGACUCGACAGGUGACGGUGAUAAAACCAGCUGCUCCCAGUCCAGCGUCAUCCACCUUCUCCAUCUACCCGGUGACCUCCACGGUCCAGCCUGUAGCUGCUGCCGCCUCUGUGGUCCCCUCCUACUCCCAAAGUCCAACCUACAGCACAAACGCUGUCACCUACUCUGGAACUUCAUACUCGGGCUACGAAGCAGCUGUUUACUCAGCAGCCUCCAGCUACUACCAGCAGCAGCAGCAGCAAAAACAGGCCGUGGCAGCUGUAGCAGCAACGGCAGCAUGGACGGGGAACUCCUUCACCAAGAAACCCCCUUUUCAGAGUAAACAGCUUAGACCCAAGCAGCCGCCCAAACCCCCCCAGAUCCACUACUGUGACGUCUGUAAGAUCAGCUGUGCCGGCCCCCAGACUUACAAGGAGCAUCUGGAAGGGCAGAAGCACAAGAAGAAGGAGGCAGCUCUGAAGGUUUCCCAGAGCAGCAGCAGUAGUGGUACUGGUGGAGGGGUGUUAGCCCGCAAUGCUCAGAACCAGCUCCGCUGUGAACUGUGCGAUGUUUCCUGCACUGGCGCCGACGCCUAUGCUGCCCAUAUCCGUGGAGCCAAGCACCAGAAGGUUGUGAAGCUUCAUACCAAACUUGGUAAACCCAUUCCGUCUACUGAGCCCAGCAUGAUCACUCAGGCAUCGUCCUCCACCACUGCUGCCACCAGCAAAACCACCACAGCCACCCCGAGCAGCUCCAGCACCACCAGUUCCCUCUGCGUGGCCACCUCCUCCUCCCCUGCCAACAGCUCCAGCCCCCCCUACCUGAAACCUGUCAACAUUGUCAGCAGUGGUGCUGUGGGCGGCAAGAACCCGUUAGCCAGUAACCUCUCUGCUGCCAGCUCCGGCUCAGCUGGGAAGAAAGUCAACACGCCCAAGAUCAAUUUUGUUGGUGGAAAUAAAUUACAGACCACAGUGAAGAUGGAAGACACCAGAGUGGAGACCAAAGUGGAGACUUCUAAACCUGCGACACUCUCUUCAGUUACUCAGGACUCCAAGGCUGAAGUGUCAGAUUCUCUGUCCACAUCGGCCCUGGCUGGACUGCAGAGUGACGUCCAGCCUGUCGGUCAUGACUAUGUUGAGGAAGUCAGAAACGAUGAAGGCAAAGUCAUCCGCUUCCACUGCAAGCUGUGUGAAUGUAGUUUCAAUGAUCCAAACGCAAAGGAAAUGCAUCUUAAAGGUCGAAGGCAUCGCCUGCAAUACAAGAAAAAGGUGAACCCAGAUCUGCAGGUGGAGGUGAAGCCCAGCAUCCGAGCCAGAAAGAUUCAGGAGGAGAAGAUGAGGAAGCAGAUGCAGAAAGAGGAGUACUGGAGAAGAAGAGAGGAGGAGGAGCGCUGGAGGAUGGAGAUGCGGCGUUACGAAGAAGACAUGUACUGGAGACGUAUGGAAGAGGAGCAGCAUCACUGGGACGACCGGCGUCGUUUGCCAGAUGGAGGGUAUCCACAGGGGCCUCCUGGCCCACCUGGUCUACUGGGAGUCCGGCCUGGAAUGCCUGGCUUGCAGCCUCAAGGUCCUGUGCCCCCCCGUCGGCCUGACUCUUCAGAUGAUCGCUAUGUCAUGACCAAGCAUGCGGCCAUCUACCCCUCAGAAGACGAGCUCCAGUCUAUCCAGAAGAUUGUGUCGAUCACAGAACGAGCCCUCAAACUGGUCUCGGACAUAAUCACAGAUCAGGACAAGGCCAAUGAAGAGGACAAAGAGAAAAAGGAAUCCUGUAAAGACAGAGCCCUGAAGGGAGUGAUGAGGGUCGGAGUCCUAGCCAAAGGCCUCCUUCUUCGUGGAGACAAAAAUGUCAACCUUGUCCUGCUCUGUUUGGAGAAGCCAACCAAGGGCCUCCUCACCCGCAUUGUGGAGCACCUCCCCAAACAACUAUCAAUCGUAACACCAGAAAAAUAUGAGGUGAAGGGAUCUGUCCAGGAAGCAGCCAUCAUUCUAACGUCCUGUACCGAGCCCAAGAUGCAAGUGAAAAUCACAUUGACUUCACCUGUCAUCAGAGAGGAAAAUGGCCGGGAUGGAGAUGUAACCUCGGGUAUGGUGAAAGACCCAGCGGACGUCUUGGACAGGCAAAAAUGCCUUGACGCUCUGGCUGCUCUGCGCCACGCUAAGUGGUUCCAGGCUAGAGCUAAUGGACUUCAGUCCUGUGUGAUCAUCAUCCGAAUCCUGCGAGACCUCUGUCAGCGAGUUCCUACGUGGUCGCCGUUCCCUGGAUGGGCCAUGGAGCUGCUUGUUGAAAAGGCCAUCAGUAGCGCCUCUGCCCCACUCAGCCCAGGUGAUGCACUGAGACGGGUCUUUGAAUGUAUUUCGUCUGGGAUUUUACUCCCCGGUGGACCAGGACUGGUGGAUCCCUGUGAAAAGAAGCCUGUGGACACUCUGACGUCUAUGGGAGAGCAACAGAGAGAGGACAUCACCUCAAGUGCCCAAUUUGCUCUGAGGUUGCUGGCGUUCCGUCAGAUCCACAAAGUGUUGGGCAUGGAUCCUCUGCCGCAGAUAAACCCUCGCUUCAACAUCCGCAACAGCCGCAAGCGUCGACGUGACAACAGUGAUGGAACAGACAGCUUCGAGGGUGAAGGCAAAAAGGACAAGAAAGACUAUGACAGUUUCUAAGCUCCUCCAUUAAUAAUUUAAAGUAAUCUACAUACAAAAAUGUACUAACGUGUUGUAUGCGCUGUCUGCUGUGUAAUGGCUUUUUUUUUUUUUUUUUCCUUUUUAAGCUACAGAUGUACCAGUGUAACUGCAGCCUCACUCUGUAUUACACAAACAAAAAUGUCAACUUGUGGUUUAGUUGUAGAUUUCUGUGCGAAGCUGAGGUUCACACCUCUUUGUACUAGAUGAAGCAGUUUUUACCCGAUGUGCUUCUUAAAUAGAAGUUUUGAUGAAUGCCGCUGCUCCCCUCUAAACUGUGUUUGUUUGAUUUUAAGUUGCAGGGGAAGGUAAAAUCAUAGCAUCAAAACUGCAGCCACACUUCUGUGUUGUGGAUCAGGAGGAAAAGUAAUGAUUAAUGUCAAUGCCUUCAUUUAUCUGUAUAGUUGCUUUCAGAGGUGGACUGUUUUGUUGUUACUAUUGUGAAGCAUUACUUGGCCAACUGAAUUUAAAGGGUCUACUUUUGAAUAUGUAUUACUGUACCUGAUGCCGUGUUCUUGUUAUGUCCCAGUGCUACACUUGAGAUAAAAGGUGGAAACAUGAGGGGGAUCAAUGACGUCAUUAGGAUUCAUCCUCUGGGGUACAUGAGUGGCUGUACAGAGCUUGUUCCAAUGCUAUACUUCAGCUUAAAGACCUCUGGGGCAUUGCACAAAGAUUCAGAGGAACUUUAACUGUUGAUGGAUCUUUGUUCGUAGUGAAGUUGUCAGCCCUAAAUGUAGUUUUGUCUUUUCAUUUUCAUAUAUAUGAAAGUAUUUGUAUAUUGUUUAGAUAAAAGAGCUUUGAUUUGUGGAAAACAUGACCAUGUUCACAUUG